UCUGAGGAGAACGAGACUCGGCGACUUUACUUCGCUAAAAAAGAACCGGGCUAUCAUAUCGCACAGCGGCUCCUGAAGGGUCUUUGUCUUUGCGACAGCGGGGCAGAGAGGGGUUGCAACUGGGAUUAUGUAGGUUUUUAUGUACUUAGUAUCCACUGAAUACGUCUACGUACCCGUGCCAUAGUAAGGAUGCAAUGUCUGCAGGACAAAUGAGAUCCAGAAGCUCUUUAACUCUAGCAGGACAAGUUGGGAGUAUAUGCAGAGUAUGUACUGAAAAAUUGUGGCUGGCUGCUCAUAUUCCAGCAGAUCCACAACUCAAACAAAUCAAUCGCUUUCAUGGUGAGUACUAGGAACGAGCAUGAUAUGGUACGUUUUUGGCACACAGAUAUGCGCCGUACGAGAUUUGCAUACAAGCUACGGGGCGGGUACGUUUUGACACAGGAUAAGCAUCUAGAUAGAUUUAUUCCUCGAUCUUAUUUCAUACGAUAAAAAUACAAC